GUAUUAAAGUGAAAUUUAGAACCCAGGAACCUGAUGGUUUGAUUUUUUUCUCUGCAUCACCUGGGAAUCAAGAGGAAUAUAUUGCACUUCAACUGAGGAGUGGGCGUCCUUAUUUUCUUUUUGAUCCACAGGGAUCUGCGGUAGCAGUCACUCCAACUAAUGAUGGUGGAAAAGAGUACAAUGAUAACAGUUGGCACCAAAUAAUUGCUACAAGAAUUCAAGCACUGGGAAACAUCACAGUGGAUGGGCAGUACACAGGUUCUUCCUUAGCAACUAGUGGCAGUACCAUUAUUGGAGAGAACAUGGGGGUUUUUGUUGGAGGACUUCCACAGGGUUAUACUAUUGUAAGAAAGGAUGUAGGGAUGAAGAUGGUAGUCCAGAAAGGAUUUGUGGGGUGUCUCAGUGACAUAUUUUUGAAAAAAGUGCAUACUCCCUAUGAAAACUGGGAAUCUUUGAACUGGCAGGAUGCUGAAGAGCAAAAGAAUGUCUAUCAUAUUUGGGAAGGUUGUCCUGUUGUCCUCUCAGAAGGAGCACAUUUUCUUGGCAAAGGAUUCCUGGAACUGCAUUCAGGUGUUUUCAGUGGUGGACUGGAAUUUGAGAUCUCAUUCAAAUUUAGAACAGAUCAACUGAAUGGAUUGCUUUUGUUUGUUUACAAUAAAGAUGGCCCAGAUUAUCUUGCAAUUGAACUGAAAAGUGGAAUAUUAAACAUCUUUUUAAAAACUGGCAUUGUCUUUACACAAGUGGAUCUCUGGUUAGGACUGUCUUAUUGUGAUGGAAAAUGGAACAAAGUCACAGUGAACAAGGAGGGCUCUGUACUAUCAGCAAGUAUGAAUGAACUGAGAGAGCAGACGCUUGAACCUGGUGUUCAGCAGCUGAGAGUAAACUCGCCAGUGUACAUAGGAGGAAUCCCACCUGAGAUUCAGAAUUUUUAUAAAGAAGUGGGGUUAGAACAAGGUUUCGGUGGUUGCAUGAAGGAUGUUAAAUUUACACGAGGUGCUGUCGUUAACUUGGCAUCUGUGUCCAGCAGUGCUGUCAGAGUCAAUCUGGACGGAUGCCUAUCAACUGACAGUGCUGUUAACUGCAGGGGAAAUGACUCCAUCCUAGUAUACCGAGGAAAAGAGCAGAGUGUUUAUGAGAGUGGUCUACAACCAUUUACAGACUACCUUUAUAGGGUGGUUGCCUCAAAUGAAGGAGGAUCAGUAUCUAGUGUAUGGACCCGUGUUCGUACAAGAGAAUCAGUUCCACAAAAUGUGCCAACUCCCUCAAGAGUUCACAGCAUAAAUGGUUACAGCAUUGAGGUCACCUGGGACAAACCUGCUGGGGUCAUAGGUGUAAUUGAGAAGUACAUUUUGAAAGCAUAUGAAGAGGAUGGUCCCAAUGUACCCAUCACUAGUGCUGAGCUUGCUGACACUAGUAUGCUCACAGAUUUAACGGUUUUUACGCCACACGAGUUUCUGCUCACUGCAUGCACGCUUGCUGGCUGUACAAACAGUUCCCAGGUCACCUUGUUUACAGCGCAGCUGCCACCAUCUCACGUAGAUGCCCCGGUCCUGAUGGUUUUGGAUUCUAGAACUAUAUAUGUACAAUGGAAAGAACCAGUAGAAGUAAAUGGAAUCCUAGAUCGCUAUAUAAUUUAUAUUGCCAACAAUGAGCAGAAUUUUACAAAGUGGAAUGUAAUCUAUAACAGCACGGAACUUUUUCUGGAUUUUACUAUUCAGCAGCUUUUCCCGGGUACUGAAUACCUCAUAAAACUAGCUGCUUGCACUGGAGGUGGAUGUUCAAUAAGCGAAGCUAGCACAGCUAUAACAGAUGAGAGUACACCAGAAGGUGUUCCUGCUCCAAAAGCCCAGUCAUAUUCAUCUGACUCCUUUAACAUCUCAUGGACUAAGCCUGAGUAUCCGAAUGGUAUUAUUACUAGCUAUGGAUUGUAUAUGGAUGGUGUUCUGAUGCAAAAUUCAUCACAGCGAAGUUGUUAUGCUUAUGGACUUGCUCCUUGGAGUCUGCAUUCCUUCAGAGUCCAGGCAUGUACUGCAAAAGGUUGUGCUUUGGGUCCAUUGGUAGAAGCUCGGACCAUGGAAGCUUCCCCUGAGGGAACAGUUGAUAUAUUUGCUGCUGUCGAUGGGUCCAAAGAAGUUAAAUUAAAAUGGCUUGCCCCAAAUAAACCUAAUGGAAAAUUGACCUACACAGUCCUUGUCACUGGUAUCUUCUAUGCUGAUCAAG